AAGUCGUUGCAGAAAUUAUUUGCUCAGCGUAUUUCGAGCAUUAAAGUUGUGGAUUUUCGUGCGGCGCGACAAAGUGCAAUGCAACAGAGAAACACCGAGUGCUAACCGCUGCCAAGCUGUGAUUUUACGUUUGUGUUUUAACAUUAUAUGUACAUAUGUAAUUGCAACUCAUUUGUUAAUGGAUUCUUUCCGUACAAAGAAAACUAAAAGCAAAUACAAGAAAUCGUAAAAUUUUGGUGUAUCAGUGAAAUCGAACGAAAGACUUAAGCAACGAACGCGGCGGCGGUGCUGUGCAUAGCUAGCAUAGUACAAGCGGUUGCGCAUGCGCAACAUAAACGAAACGAAAAGGCGGAGAAUAAACGCACUGUUUUAUGGCCGAAUAGUGUUUUGCAGUGAUUUUUUUUUUUGUGAUUUUUGUGCGUUAGACGAGUAUGACAAAGCAAAAGAACUCGAUAUAACCAAGCAAAAAAUAAAAAAUAAGUUUGUGCCUUGCAAAGACCUAUUAAUUAACGAAAAAUGUUACAAAAUGACAAGCAAAACUAGUUACCAUAAGUGUGCAAGUUUGUAUUGAAAAAGUUUGUGUGUGCAAAUUCAAGUCGAAAAUUUAUUAAGAUAAAAACAAAAGUUUAAGGGAGAAUUUUGAAUGAACUGACUUAAAUGCGACGAGGAAAAUUUUUUCCUGCGAAUAGUUGAGUUGCAAAAUAAUUAAAACAAACACUGAAAAUAAAGAAUAUGCAUUUUGCAUUUUAAAUAUUAAGCCCCCUUCAAAGUAAAUAUGGAAACAAAACAAAGAGUUUGUGGCGAAGGCAUCACACCUAAAUAUUUUUGUAAAGAAAACUGAGACAAAAUUUUGGAAAAUUGCCAGAAGCUAUUAUCUACUACCAAAUACACUUCUAUUAUUACAUGUGUAACGCGAAAAUUCUAAGAGACCAUCUGUUGCGAACGAUUGCCACAUCGAAUGCAAGAACGUGCGCAAAGUGCUGCUAGUGAAUUUCCAUUAAGCCUUCGACGAGCUGGUUAGCGCUCCCGCUCCCGCUGCCACUGACACUGCCACUCCCCUGUCCACUCUACAUACACGCGCAUAAAUACAGCUAAAACGAGCCAUAAACCAAAAAAAGCCAAGGAACUUUGUGCUGCAUGCCACUGCCUUUCUGAUUGUGCAACAACAUUUUGCCAAAGAAAACCAAAAAAAAAAAAACAAAACAGCAAACAAAAAGUACAAAGACACUGAAAAAAAGGAAUGUAAAAAACUUAAUCAACAAAUAACCCGUACAACCAGCGAAACGCCAGCGUCCACAUACGACGAAGAAUCAUAUUCGCAAGUAUUCGAUAUUCUCUGUCCAUCCACGCGCUUGCAUUGCUGUACACAUAUGUACAUAUAUGUAUGUAUGUGUGUGUGCCAGUGUCCGUGUUCAUGUGCAUGCCAUAUUGCACAAUCCUUCGCCGACAACUUGUGAGCUGCUAUUAAGUGCACAGUGCACAGCGAGAUUGGCAGUCAGCCCGACCAAAGCACUCCACCACGCUCCACGCCACGCCACGCCACGCCAAGCCACUGCCAAGCCUCUCCCCAAAUGCUUGCGCUCUUUAGCUUCCCUACUCGCCCCUCCACAGCUGCAACUACAUUUGAGCUGCUGUUGGUGUUGUGUUUGUGUAUCUAUGUCAAUGCAAGUGUGUUUGUGUCCAUCACUCGAGUGUAUUUGUAUGCCCAGAAAUCCUCAUAUGCUACAAAGAAGCAAUGAAUAUGCUUGCGAAUUGGUUUUGUAAUUGCAACCAAUUUUAAUAAAGUAUUUCCAAAAAAAAAUAUAUGUAUGUAAAAACAAAAAUAUGUAUUUAAAUGUUUGAAAAUGAACCAACCAAGAUUUCAAUAAAACAUACAUACAUACAAAGCAAUAUUGAAAUAAACCAGGCCACAUACGAGUUGUAGCAACAAUAAAUGUAGUUGAAGGCGAAUAAUUAAGUACUUAAAUUAACCAAAAACAAACCAAACUCACACGCGCACACACACAUUGCGUAUGUGUGUUUUGUGACCUACAUACAUACAUACGUAUACUAUACUACUUAUAAAUAUAUAUAUACUUUUUCUGUGUGAAACUUGUUAACAUAAAAUCGCCAAAAUUGCUGUGCUACUUUGUUCCAGGAUUAUGGGGUACAUCAUGCGGCGCUUUCUGCGGUCGGCCAUGAUCGUCUUCAGUUGGUUUGUUGUACCCUACAGUCGCUUUACCAACAUCAAGGUGAACCGUAAAAAGCUGCCGCCGAUACGGAGUCAUCUGCUGGAAAUACCCGCCGUUGAUUUGGCCAAACUGAUUCGCACAGGAAAGGUUAAAAGCGAAGAAGUGGUCGAAGCGUACAUCGAGCGGUGUAAGCAGGUGAAUCCGUUGAUUAAUGCCAUCGUACAGGAUCGCUUUGAAGAGGCGCUGGAAGAGGCGCGCGAAACUGAUCGCAUUAUCGCCUCUGGCAUCAACACCAUCGAGGAGAUGGAGGAGAAUACGCCACUAUUGGGCAUUCCAGUGACGGUUAAAGAGAGUAUAGCUGUUAAAGGUUUAACCAAUCAGGCGGGACGUGUCUUCAAGACGCCACAAAUUGCCAAAUCCGAUGCGCCGGUGGUGGAACAGAUCAAACGUUGUGGUGGCAUAGUAUUGCUAGUAUCCAAUACACCAGAACUUUGCUUACUCUGGGAGACCUACAACAAUGUAACUGGCCAGACAAAGAAUCCCUACGAUUUAAAGCGCACGCCCGGUGGUUCUUCGGGUGGUGAAGCCGCUUUAUUGGCCAGCGGUGCUUCGUUGUUGGGUCUUACCUCCGACAUCGGUGGAUCCUCGCGACUGCCAGCCAUGUUCAGCGGCAUAUGGGGUCAUAAGCCAACCCCCUACUCGGUCUCGUUCAAAGGCCACCAUCCGACCAGUGAUUAUCCCAAGUGGGGAGACUUCUUCACCAUUGCGCCGAUGACACGUUACGCCAAGGAUUUGCCGUUGCUGCUGAAAUGCAUGUUGGACCCAACCGGUCCCAAGCUAACACUCGAACGGGAGUUGAGCAUACAGAGCAUACGUUUCUUCUUCAUGGACAACGAUGGUCCGUCGGGCAUGAUGCGGCCGCUGAGUCGCGAUCUACAUGCCGCCAUCAAUCGCGUGGCCACCGAUUUCAAUGCAAAGCGCGUAAAUAUACGAAAAAUGAAACUUUCACUCGACAUUUCACUCUCCGCAAUGUUGACCAUGAAGAACAUCGAAACCAUCUACUACAAAACUGAGGAAGGCGAACGCCCGAAAACCGUUUGCACAGAGACCGUUAAAUAUUUCUUCGGUUGCUCGGAUAGCAUCCUGCCGUCGGUGAUAUUCGGACAUCUGCAGAAUUUCAUGAAAAUCAUACCGAAUUCACGCCACAAGCACUUGGCCACAAUCAUUGAAGCGCUCAAGACUGAAUUCAAAGAGCUGCUCGGCAACGAUGGCGUCUUUAUCUAUCCAACAUUCCCGAAUACGGCGCAUCGGCACUAUCAAAUCUAUCACAAGCUAUUGGAGCCCAUGUAUAUGGCGAUAUUCAAUACGCUCGGACUGCCGGUCACCAACUGUAUGAUCGGUUUGGAUAGACGCAAUCUGCCAAUGGGCAUACAGGUGGUCGCGAAUCCAGGACAAGAUCAUCUCUGCCUAGCAGUGGCGCGUGAAAUGGAGCGGCGCUAUGGUGGUUGGGUACGGCCGCCGUCAGAGGACGCAACGAAACGCAUAUGAAUGAUUAGCGGAGAACGGAAGAGUGUGAACUUGAGCGUAUGAAUGUUGCGAAGCACUGGACUCCCUACGGAACUGUGUCUGGAGUGUGUAAAAAUUUUGUUAGCAGAUUUGAAGCAAUAAUGAGCAGAGCAGCCUUUAAGUAUGAAUUAUGUACAAUACAUAUUUAGGUGCGUAAAGUAUUUGCUAUAAAAAUUAAGGAUUUUUUUCACAAAUCUGCAUGGAGCUUAGCAUACACUUAGGCGUCCAGUUUUUAAGCUUUAAAAAGCGACUGAUGUUUCGAAAUAUAUAUGUAACAGUAGUUUUACUAUGUAUGUGCUUAUCUUAGAAUUAAUCUACUUACUUAGUAACUUGAGAACAUCACAUGGGUACUUGCGAUUGUGAUGAUUUUGGUAAGCAAGUGUGUACAUUAGGGUAAUCCAAAAAUAAACAGGAAAAUCAGCUUAUUGAAAUUUUUCCGCUGCCAUCCCCAGAAAUGAAAAAUAUUGAAAAUAAUCGGAGCCAUUUUUCUUUAAAGCGGUGCCGACGGGUCUUUGAUAUUUUACAUAUCUACAUACAUAUAUUUUACAUGGGAAAAAUAUACUUUUUCGUAGCAAAACUAUAAAGUCCUCAAAAAUAAAUAUCUUUUGAUCGAACAGGAAUAUUUCUCUUUAAAAAUUAAAAAGAAGAUAAUUUAUGAUGCAUAUGUAUUUCCGAAUACAUAAAAGAAAAAGCUUUUUAAAUUAAAUAUUUUCAUAAUAUCAUGUUUUUAAUUUCUCUGAGGUAUUUUCUCCAUUUUAAUUUUCAUAUCGAAAAAGUCCCUGCCACACGGAUAGAUACUAAACGAUUCCAAAAAAAAAAAAUUUUUUCGAUAUCCAUCAAUUCUGCGGCUGGCUGGAAAAAAAUUGCACCACCCUAGUGUACAUACAUAUGUAUAUGUACAUAUAUCUUAUGUUUUUUUCUACAAAAAAGGGAGAAUUUUUAAUACCAACAUACACUUGUACAUAUGUAUGUAAAUAUACUUUGAUAAUCGAAAAGACUUUUGUUAAUUUGAAAUUUUUUAAUGCAUUCGAAAUGCAAUUUUUACCAAACCAAAUUUCCUUAUACUUGUUUUGUUUAGGAAAAUGUUAUGAUAGUAGAAUAGUAUACUCAUAUCUGAAUAUCGCUACGUGCCUCAUAUAGCGUUUAUUCUAAAUUAUUAUAUACUCAUUAAAAAGCUGGAUAUUUUCGACAACCACCACUGUCAAUUAAAAACUUAGAAAUGUCAUUUAUGUAAUACGAGAGCAUUAAAUUUGUAUAUACAUAUAGCUGAAAAAAUACAAUCAUACACACCAUCACAUAAUAUGUACUCUAUGUCCUUAUUAAAGAAUAAAAAAAAUUGUCUUCAUUGAUUAAACCAAUAACAAUACAAAAAAAAAUGUCAUAUGGAUGUCCAUUGUAUAUAUUUGUUAUGCAUGAAUACAAACAUACAUAAUUUACUAUGUGUAUUAAAUAUAUUAUGUACAGUGAAACCACGAUAUAACGAGCCUUGUUAAAAGAAAAUGUGAAAAUUUUGCAGAGGCGCCUAAAAAAACCUCGUUGUAGCGAAAUUUUCCAUAAAAAAAUGCUCUAUAGAGAUAACGAAGAAAUUUUGAGCAUGAAAACCUUCGGAAUACAUUGAUGGUUAAAAUUUCGUUAGCAAAAGCACUCUGAAGCACCAACCCUGAAUAUUUUCACAGUUAGAGGUGAAAACAAGAAAUUUUUAAGCAAAAAACACAAUCAAAUUCAAUUCUCAUAGAAAAAUUUCGGAGUGUCAUUACUUUCUUCAUAAUCCAAUGAACGGAACUAAACCAAAUUAGUAUGGGAUCACACUUGAAGGACCACCUCAACAAAAUUUUACAUUUUUCAUUGUAUCGAGGUUUUGAUAUUCUAAGUAUAAAUAGUACGAACCCCUUCAAUUUCGUUGUAACGAGGUUUUACUGUAUUAUACAAAUGUUUGUAUAGCUAAGUAAGCUUAUAAACGAACUAGUAAUUGCACACAAGCAACGAAUUUCGUAAUAAAACAAAGAGCAAAUAAAUAUUUCGAAUGUACGCGACGA